AACACGUUUCCUAUCCAGAUGGAUCACGUGAAAAACAGUACCAUCGGCCUAGUUGCCGGCAUCAACGGUGGAAUAGCUACUGUGUAUGUUGGACAGCCGUUAGAUACGAUAAAAGUUAAGAUGCAGGCCUUCCCCGAAGUUUACACAAAUGCUUGGAAUUGUUUCAAAGUCACUCUGUUGAAAGACGGUAUUGCCCGAGGACUUUAUGCUGGAACGGUCCCUGCACUUGUAGCCAACGUGGCUGAGAAUGCUGUUCUUUUUUGCGCCCUCCCUCCAAUUCAACACCUCGUCUGUCGACUGGUAGGAAAGGAACGUCAUGAUCAACUUUCAGUUUUUCAACACGCAUGUGCCGGGAGUCUGGCUGCCUUUUGGUCCAGUCUGAUUCUUUGUCCCACCGAACUUGUAAAGUGCAAGGUGCAGUCUCUCCGGGAAAUGGCAGAGCUAGGUCAAAUAAAGUUCAACGCUUCUGAAUUAUGUCUGAUUGGCAGCCCCAAGAUCAAUCAGUAUCUACUUUUAGGGAUCACGGAAUCAUUGUCGUCAACGAUUAAAGACAGUGGUACGGCUGAGUUUUGUCAACAGUAG